GUAGUUAAUCUAUAUUAAAUUCGAUCAAAGUUAUUAAUUAUUGGAUCAAAAUUAGACUGAAUUGAAAUGGGUCAAAAAUUGGUAAUUAUUAUCAUUAUUAUGUGUAAAAAAAAUUAAUUUUAUAGAAAUAAAGUAUGUAAUUUAUUUUAUCUGUUAUUUUAAAUGGAGAGAUUUUUAUAAAAAUAUGAACAAAUAUUAAAUAUGUAUAAUUGAUAAAUAUGAUAAUUUGUAAGUUUGACGUACAGUGGGAGUAGCAAAAGAUAAACUUUUGCAUUAAAUCCAUAUACAUUAUUAUCACGUUCAUAAAGGCGUAUAAAGUAAGUAAUUCUUUAUACGCCGAUAGUGAGUAAACAACAAAGAAAUAAGUCAUACUUCUAUUAAAAUUGUUUUUAAUAACCGAACAUAUCAAUAAGUAUUCGUAUUUAACUUGCUUCGUGAUUUCUUAAUAACGUUAUUUUGGAAUAAUUAAUUUCUGAUACAGGUGAAAUUUGUUUAUAUGGAUUACGAAGAAUAUAAUGUUCGAGCAUCACUUAUUGGACCGCGGGAAGAACAUCAGAGUUAUAAAACAGGAUAUAUAAAUACGCGUCUCGAUGUCCAAUGUCACCAGUCCUUCAUCUAGGUUGGUAGAGUUUAUUUCGUGCGACAACUUCCGAAAAUUGUCUUUUGUAACACUUUACCAAUUAUUUGCACGAACUAGUAUUGUCAAGUUGAGAUCGUCUAAAUGUUCUUUUGAUCGUACGUGAUUUGAUUUUUUUUUUCUUUGCUCGACAGUGAGUAGAAUGAAGAAGAAGUUACAAAUACUCAUUUCAAGAUGGAUUCCAACGAGAAUAUUAAUAUGCUUAAUGAUGUUUACUUGCUGUUGGACCAGUUACAUGUGUCGUUUACAAAUGCCUAUCUUGGCAGUACCAAUGAUCAAGACUUCACCGACCGAAGAUGUAACCGGUGCAUGUUUCAAUGACAAUGAACGUCAACGGCGAUCUCUUUUGAUGCUCGAACCGAUUGAUUUCAUUGAAGAAUAUAUUAUGGACAGAAAAUUAAACUUUUACGAAACCAAAGAGAUUGAAGGUGAAGGUGAACGCUUUCUCCGACAAACAGAUGACCAAGCUGAACAACCAAGUCGACCUUCAAGUUUUGAACUUUUUAAUGGAUUGCCUUUUGAUUGGAGUCCUCAUAUUCGCGGACAGUUAAUAGCUGCUUACGGUUACGGAUAUAUUCCUGGAUGUUUUCUUGGCGGUCUGAUGGCCUUGAAAUGGGGUCCACGAAAGGCAAUUCUUUGGACAUCCGUAUUAGCGGCUUUUAUAAGUCUAAUCACUCCUUUACUAGCACAAAUUCAUUGGGGUGCACUCGUAUUCGCUAGAAUGAUUAUAGGAUUGACCGGAGGCGUCACUUUUCCCGCUUGUCACACUUUAGUUGCCAAAUGGGCACCUCCUGAUGAACGAGCGCGUUUUGUUUGGUCUCUUUUAGGUGGUACGUUUGGUACUGUCUUCACGUAUCCUAUGGUUGCUGCUAUAGCUGAUUAUAUGAAUUGGGAAUCUGCGUGGUACAUACCAUCUUUGAUGAUGUUUUUAUGGAUAAUAUUUUGGGCAUUGUUAACUUUUGAUUCACCUAUGGAACAUCCGGGUAUAACUGAAGAGGAAAAAGAAUAUAUUUUGAAUUCUCAAGCUGGAAUAGUGAGAAUGCAAAAGCCUACGUUAAAGCAGACACCGAUCAAACAGAUAUUUACUUCGAUUCCGUUCAUCAGUCUUGUUAUCUGCCACUUUGGCAAUCUUUUCUUACUCUUUUUUUAUCAAAAUUCGUUAAUGUUGUACAUGACGAAAGCACUAGGUUUUCAACUUACCAAAGGCGGUACUGCUGCCGGUCUUCCUUGGGCUGGUAGAAUGUUAUUUGGUUUCUUUUUUUGUUGGGCUGGCGAUAACAUUAAAAAGAAACAACUUAUGAGUGUCACUAAACUUCGAAAAUGUGCUACUAUAUUUUCUCAUCUAUUACCAGGCAUCUUUUUAAUAUUAGUUGGUUAUGCCGAAUGUUCCUUAUAUCUUGCUAACGUAUUCUUGUUCUUUGCUUUGGGUUUCAACGGAGCGGCGAGUAUAGCGAAUCUCUCGAACAAUCAAGAUAUCUCUCCAAACUUUGCAGGUUUUUUGUACGGAAUUAUGAAUACUGUUGGGAGUGUAUCUAGUGUGAUAAUACCAACGAUGGUGGAAGAAAUUGCAGGCAAAUAUGGGAAUCCAAUCCAUAAAUGGCGAAUACUAUUUUGGAUUGGUGCUGGUGUGUGCAUUCUGAGUAUGGUUAUUUUUAUUAUUGGUGGAAGUGGAGAAAUACAAAAAUGGAAUGAAAUUAAAGAUCAACCAGAUGCAGAGAGGGGAAAGGCAGAAGCUGGAACGACAUAGGCAUUGCUUUCGUAUA